CCCUUCGCAUCGCUGGACAGAUGAUGCGGACAUGUCAGAUAUUCAACUCUACCUCCUGGAGGUGGACAAAGACAAACAAGAAGCGAAGAACAUCGCAGUGCAAAGCGGCGUCAAGCUGCGCAAUCGACAGCUCAAGUUGAUCGAUUUGAUCACCAGCCUGCAGGAAUACAUCAACGACAAAGACGAUGCGGCCAUCCGGGCGAAGAGCGUCGCCUACCUCGCUGAUGUUCUGGAGAAUGUGCCUUCCAAAGUCCUUUCCGGCCAGGAGCGGAGACUGCUGAGCGAUUUCAUUCUCGGCCGGAUCGAAGGCGAUCUCGAGGGCAUCGGACAUUCCGCGCGAGCAUUGAUCGCACUCGAAGCUCAAGGGAAAUGGGACGCCGAGACUGCGAAGACCGUAGCCCGCACCUUUGUCGAUUACGCGAACCCAUUGAAGCAGUUCAAGCUGCAGACCGAUCGCUACGCAACCAUCCAACUCUUCGACAUCCUCUUGUCGAAAUACCGAACGCCACUGAAGGAACUGCACGAUGCCGAUCCGGAGUUCAUGGCUGCUUUUGUGGCCCUCUUCGAAGGCGAAAAGGACCCCCGCAACCUCAUGCUGGUCUUUUCCAUCUUGCAGGUUCCCAUGACCGAGUGGGACAUUCACGCGCAUGCUCAGGACCUUUUCGAUGCCGUCUUUAAUUACUUCCCCGUCACGUUCAAGCCGCCUCCGGACGACCCUUAUGGCAUCACUGCGCAAGACCUGAAGGAUAGAUUGCGUGAUUGCAUUGCGGCCACCUCGGACUUUGCUGCUUUCUCCAUUCCUGCGUUGCUGGAUAAGCUUGACUCUUCGUCUAUGAACACUAAGCGAGAUGUUCUUCAAGCAAUACAAGCGUGUGUUGUUGGCUACACGCCCAACACCAUCAACCAGUACUCCGUACCUCUCUGGGACGCGCUGAAGUUCGAGAUCCUCAAUGUGCAGGAAAACGACCUUGCAGAAGCAUCCUUGCAAGCUCUUGCACUGAUCGCUGCCAAAUUCGCCGAGAACGAAGGUCGACUCAACACCUUCCUCGGCACGAUCAUCAAGGAAUGCAACGAGCAUCUAGAAGAUGCACCCACAAAGCAAUCGCAAGCUGCUGGACUCAUCCUGCAUGCCGUUGCAGGGUCUGCUCCCACCGUGGCGGACAAGAUAGCCAAGGGGGUACUGCCAAAGCUCUUCACUUUGCACAACUCAUCCGAAUCACUUGCGAAGCGGAGGGGUCUGCUCGAGAUCUUCAACGAGAUUGCAAAGGCUUACGUUGGUCUUACACUGGCCGCGCCGAGUACCAAUAUCGAUACUUUCCAAGAGUCGGCCGCAGAGGCGCUGCAGGCCACGCUGAGAGCCGUGCAACGGGCUCCCAAAUCAGAGGUGUCCCUCCGUCUGACAGCAGUGGAAGGACUCGCAUUUCUUCUCGCCAUCCCGAGGUUAUUGACCCAAGAUCAGACCUACCAAGUGGUGGACGCAAUGACAGACGUCAUUCUCCAUGAAACCAUCCAAGGCCACGGAGAUAUUCGACCACAGUCGAUUCAAGCGCUGGGUGAGAUGGCUCACACUUGUCCGGCUGCGAUUCGGGAUCGUGCCAUUCCAGCAUUCAUGGCGGAGCUUCCGGAUGCACCAGAUGGCAACUAUGCAUUUUCUCCGGUGUUGGAAGCAUUCGCGCAAUUGAGCGCAGAGCAGCAGGUCUUCGACACUGUUGUACGUCGGCUGAAGAACAAGCUCGGGGCCGCGAAGCACCAGAACGCUUCUGCCAGCUACCAGCGUGCCUUGUUGCUGGCUACCCUGUACGCCUUCACCUAUGGCACGCCCGUUCGAGACGAAGACGGAGUGAUCAAGAGCAGCUACUACACCGAGUAUGCAGAGCCUUUGAUCCGCGAUCUUCACGAAGCUGCCAGUGUGACCCCGAACAUGCAAGAUACUGCCGAGAUUGUUGGCCGGAUCUGCAAUAUCAUUCUACGACCUCAAGGAGUUCACUUUCAAAACACAAUUCACAACCAGCACAUGUUCUGGACAGCUCCGACUGAAGGGCAUGCCGACAUGGCUGCACCCUACCUCGAGAGUAUCGCACCUUUGUCACUGUAUUACUAUGCAGCGUUGCGACCUGAAGUGGUGGAACCCACGGAGAUCCUCUCGCUGCUCAAAACAUUGACCAGCGAGGCCACAAACGAAAAGUCCGACGGCCCCAGACUCCACCUCAUCCUGCGCCACCUCUCCCUCCUCAUCAACAAAUACAUCAACCCCAAAACCCUGCAACCCACCCUCGAAGCCGCAGGCAUCAAACUCGACACCCUCCUCUCCUCCCCAACCGCCACCCCAACCUCCACCAGCCUCGCCUUCACAACCCUCAAAGCCCUCCUCAUCCAAGGCCGCAGCCCAGCCCUCACAACAACCUACCUGCAAGCCCUGCUCGCUCUGCUCUCGGACCCCACCGCCUCCAUCGCCCAGCGCUUCCCCGCCCUCCUUGCAGAAGACGACAUCCUGAUCAAAGAAAACCACUGCCUCGUUUCCGGGCUGUACAAGCAGCGCACCUUCAACCAAACCGUGCCGCUCCUCAUAGCGGCCGUGCAACAAGCCUCCUCAGACCCGCAAAUCAAACAGAACCACCUUAUCGCCCUCUCCGGAAUUCUGAAGUGGCUGCCGUACUCCAUGCUGCAGCCUUCGCUGUCGGCUCUUGUGCCGCCUUUGCUGCAGACGCUUGAUCUCCCUGCGCCGGACGCGAAGGCGCCUGCUCUGACGAUCUUCGAGUCGGUGCUGAUGCAUGAGCCAUCUCUGGUGGCAGAGCACACGGCUAGUCUUAUCACGCGCUUGCUCAAUUCUACUACUACUACUGCCGCCACUAACACUACGCCAGGACAGACAUCCGUCACAGCAGCGAACGUAGCGAGCGUGCGAGCUAAAGCGCUGCAGUGUCUGACGCUUGUGCCGCGGCAAUUGAAGCGGGAGACGGUCGUGCCGUACCGGCGGCAGGUGGUGAAGAAGUUGAUGUUUUGCUUGGAUGACGGGAAGAGAGAAGUACGAGCUGAGGCGGUAAGGUGUCGCAAGGCGUGGUUGGGUUUGGAUGAAGAGGAAGAAGACGAUGAUUAAGUGGUGAUUUGACAGGUGCGAAAAUGCGUUCUUUUUGCGGGCGGAUGGUCUAUACAGAUACAGACUUGUAGAU